AUGGGGUUUCCGACCCUCUAUAUUGUAUGUAGUAAGAAAAAAACAAAAACUGACACAUUGGACUUUGAAGGCAACAUUGUUGAUACGGACGGUAAAUCUGACAACCACCAAGGAUUAACCGUGAGAAUGAGCUCACAAUACUUAGAUGGACUAAUAGAAGGUUCCGUUCAAGGACAAUCUUCUGCCCCUGAAAAUUCGAAUCUUCAAGAUAAUGAUAUAUUUUCUAUUGAACCAGUACAAUUACAAUUUAGCUUGGUCAAUUUGAUAUCAUUGAAAGUGAGCAAUAAUAUCUUGGUUCUAGCUAUUAAGAAUAAUUUGAUAUAUCGGAUAGAUUUAUCCAGUCCUGAAUAUAUUGAUAAGAUUGAUUUAUUUGGCUCAAUUGGUGGGGCGAAUGGCAAUUUGAAUGGCUCCGCAGGCGCUAGCGGGAGUAGUGUGAAUAACAGGAUCAAGAACUUAUAUUUGGAUCCAACAGGGAACCAUUUGAUCAUUACCACUGUCAAAAAUGUCUCUUAUUAUUUAAAUAAGGCGUCAAAGGUACCUGUAGUGCUAUCAAAGUUCAAAAAUAUGAAUAUUUCUUAUAUUAAUUGGAGUAAUUUGGAUGGUGAAGGGAUCACGGAAACAUCAGUGAGGAAUUUCUUGAUCGGUACGAAUUUGGGGCAAGUUUUUGAAUCUUCUAUUGAAUUCAAAACUGGUAGUAAUAAAUUGGGUGUUGGAUUCUUGAAAUUGGUGUGGAAAAAUCCAAUUAAUAAUGGAAACCAAACAGCGAUCGAUGGAAUAUACCUAAAACAUGUGGUCAAUAAUGAUAAAGGUAGUUUAAUGAUGGUAUUCAUUCAAAGCGAUGAUAUAUUCUAUUAUAAGCUAACGGACCUUACUUUAAAAUACCAAAAGAAUUAUCCAAUGUUUAUCACUCGCAAUGGAUCGUCGGUAUUCAAUAAUAAUUACACAGAUUAUGAAAAACUAGAUGAUAUAGGAGCGAUUAUUCAUGGUAACAAGUACAUUGCAAAUCAGGAAGAUUUCGCCUGGAUCACGAAAAGUGGGAUCAUAUUCACAUCAUUGGGUGAUGUUGGUGACAGUAGUAAUAAUGAGAAGUUGUUGACCCAAUUGAACUAUUUGCUCAACAUACAAUUGCCAGAUUCUACUCAUGACAAUGAAGGAGUUCCGGCAAGCACUUAUGGUAUCUUAUUGACUAAGUACCACAUAAUAUAUCUUAGAAAUAACAAUGAGUUGCUAGUUAUCAAUAAAAUCAAUCAACAAGUGGUACUUCAUAAGUUUCUUCCACUUUUCAUUAAUAAUGAAAAGUUUUUGGGAUUAUGUGCCGAUUAUCAUGAGAACACUUUCUGGAUAUAUUCAAACUUCAACAUCUAUGAAAUCGUCAUCAAUGAUGAAUCGAAGGAUAUUUGGAAAAUUUAUUUGAAAGCAAAGAAAUUUGAUAAGGCUUUGGAGUUGGUUGAUAAUUUUAAGGCAAAUGCUUCAAAGCAAGCCAAUGAUUUUAUCAAAGAUUUGAUCCUAUCCAAGAAAUCUGAUUAUCUAAUUAAUGAGAAAAAUUGUUCUUUGGAAGCCGCUACUACAUAUGCUUAUACUUCUAGGCCUUUUGAAUCUGUGGCAUUAAAGUUAUUGGAAUUGAACGAGGUUGAUGGAUUAUUGAAGUAUUUAACUAUAAAGUUGCAGCUCUUGCCAGUGGAUAAAACCAAUAAUAUUGAGGAAGAUGAAUAUUAUAUUCAAAAGACAUUGUUGAGUAGUUGGAUUGUGGAAUUAUACAUGGAAAAAUUCAAUGAGUUAACUAACAAUCAACUGAAUCAAACCAAAUCGUUGCAGGAAAUUGAAUCUCAAUUUGAAGAAUUUUUGGUGAACUUCAAAUCAGUUAUUCAUAAGGAAACGGUCUAUCAAAUAUUUCAAGCGCAUAACUCACAGAAAUUUUUGCUUUUCUAUGGAAAUUUGAUUCAUGAUUAUGACUUCAUUUUAGAUUAUUGGAUUAACUUGGAAAAUUGGGGUGAAUCUUUGAAAAUCUUGGAAAAAAUUAAUAACCCUGGGCUUGUGUAUAAGUAUGCCAACGUUUUAUUGAUGAAUUCACCUGAAGCAACUUUUGCUGUGUGGAUGAGAUUAUAUCGUGACUUAAAUUAUAAGAAAUUCGUGCCGGCGAUAUUAUCAUACAAUAAAAACAUUAGGAAAAAUAAAUCUGUGGUAUCUGCUAAUAAGAACUUGAUGUUGAAUUAUCUCAACUUUUUGAUCUUUGAAGUUAACGCUAUUGACCCAAUCAUCCAUAACAUGUAUUUGAGUAUCUUAGUCAUGGAUGCCAAUUCCAAGAAAUCUGAUACCAUGAUUUUGAAGUAUUUGGAAGUUUAUACUAAGGGAGACUAUAGUCAUAAUGGAGAUGAUGAAGCUCAUUUCGACGUCGAGUUUAUUUUGAGAUUGUUUUUAAAAUUCAAGAAAUGGAAGGCAGCAGUCCAUGUAUAUUCGAUGACCAAGCAGUAUGAAGCGGCUAUUGAGUUAUGUUUGAGAUAUAAUUAUUUAAAAUUGGCAUGUUUGAUUGCUGACCGUUCUUUUGAUACUGAGGAUGAUCCAUAUUCUCUGUCAGGUUAUGAUAGUAACGGCGAAUUGAGGAAAAAAUUGUGGUUGAAAAUUGGGGAAAAGAUGGUUACCAAGUUGAUUGUUGAGAAGGUACUUAAAUCUAAUGCUGACCUUUUAAAAGACAUCAAAGUUGAUGAUCUGAUUAAAAGUGAUGGUCUCAAUACUGAGGAUGAUCGAAUCAUGGAUAUCAUAAAUGCUGAGGAAAUCAAAGAUGUGUUGAAAAACAAACAAGUGAUUGAACUAAUAAAUGAGGAUGAUGAUGAUAUCAAGAAUUUACUCAAGUUUUUGUUGAGUAAAUGUGAAUUGUUUACUAUCAAAGAUUUAUUGCCAUUGUUCCCUAAUUUCCAAAGUAUUAAUAAUUUCAAGCUAGAAAUCAUCAAGAACUUGGAGUCUUAUGGGCUAAAUAUCAAUCAGUUAAACCACUUGAUUGCCAAUUCUAUUAAGUUUAAUAAUGACUUGGUAGACAAUUUGAAGCAAUUGAAAAUUUCCAGAUAUUACAUAAUCGAAGUGGAAAAUGGAGCUAUCCAAGAUUCUGGUAAAGCUAAGGAUGGUGCUGGCAAAAUUGUUGGAAAUAAUUCAAGUUGCCAAAUUUGUGAAAACUCAAUUUUUUUGAAGAAAUUCUUAGUAUUCCCAUGUCAACAUGUUUUCCACGUUGAUUGUCUAAUUAAUUUUAUUUUAGAUUCGAGUAACAAGAAUUAUAAAUUGAAGAAACAUUUAUUGGCGGUACUCAAGAAGAACCAAAUUGGAUUACCAUCAAACUCUCUUUUACCUGGAGCGAAUAAGGGUAAUAAAGUGAAGAUCAAUAAUAACGCAAAGAUUUCCAAAGAAUUGGAAGAUUUGGUUAGUGAGAAGUGUGUAAUGUGCAGCGACUUGAAUAUUGACAGCAUUGAUGAAACGUUCAUCAAUAAUAGCAGCAAUAUUGAUAGACAGAUGAUGGAUGAAUGGGAAUUAUAA